UUCCGACGCUACGUGAAGGCAACAAACGUUUCAUUCAGGAAGUGACACUAAAAAAGGCCGCAGUCUACUGUCAGUAGGUAAAUGUUUCGGUUAUGGCGCAGCACUAAAACAACUCGAGUGAAACUGUCGGUUUUAACCUGUAGAAACAUGUCGGUAACGUCCACUCAGUGUGGCGCGGCGGACGUUAAAAACAACAGGUCGAUUCACUCGGACAGCCUCGACGAGGUCCAUAACGUCCCGAUGCAGGUCAUCAUCAGACCGAUUCCUCCGGUGCUGGAUGAGCUGAAAGUUCAGGGUCUGAUGAAAACAAUAAAGGAGACAGCGGACAUCAGUGUUGUUCCUCCCAUCGAUGUGCUCUGGAUCAAAGGCAGAGAGGGGGGGAACUACUACUACUCUUUUGGAGGCUGUCACAGGUUCGCCGCGUAUCAGAGGUUGAACAUGUCGACCAUCCCAGCCAAGCUCAUCCGAUCUAACGUCUCCGACCUCAGCACUUACCUGGGAGCUUCCACGCCUGAUCUGCGGUGAUGCUGGAGCAGCACUUUGCAGAGACUUGGCUCAGGUGGCUCACACACACAGCCACAGUUUUUUUUCUGUUGCAGCUGGGGGACUGCACAGCAAAGAACAUACCAGCAGGGGGAAAUGUAACUCUUUAGUCAAACACAUGACGUUUGUCAUUUGAAACCACAGAAAUGUAAUUUAAAGAGUGUAUAUUUAUGUGUAAAGUUGUGUUUUUUUUUAUUAAACAUUAUUAUCAAGCCUGUCAUUUAAUACUUCUUGCACAUAAAAAGACAUUUAACCCUUGUGUUGUCUUCCCGUCAACCAUAAAAAAAAAAACAUUUUAGUUGCUUUUCUUUCAACAUUAUUGCUUUUUCCAACAUUUCUGUCACUUUUUCAAUGUUGCGGGUGCUUUUCUUGAUGUUUUUUUCCAACGUUUUUUGAUAUUUUUAAUGUUGACAUUUUCAGAACUUAUUUCAAUGGCCUAUUUUUUGUGACAAAAAAAAUGAAUUAACUAAAAAUGGGGUCAAUUUGACCCAAGGACAACAUGAGGGUUAAAUAAUACUACAAGUUAUUUUCUUGCACAUUGCAGCGCCAUCUUGCCAUUUCCUUUUGUACGGCAAAUGCAGAAUAUUGAUUAUUAGUAGGGGGCUAAGUGACACUAAAUAGAAAAGAUGGUUAGAAAUGUUGAGGCUCUUUUCACAGCGGAUGUUUUGACCUGUCAUAGUAGGAAAAGCAUUAACAAUGUUACGUCUGUUACAUUCUAGUAGGGCUGUGCAAUAUAUCGAUAUAUUGAUAUCGUGAUAUGAGACUACUACUACUAGUUUUUGAAUAUCGUGAUAUGACCUAAAUGGUGUCUUUUCCUGGUUUUAAAAGCUGCAUUACAGUAAAGUGAUGUACUUUUCUGAACUUACCAGAUUGUUCUGUUUUAUUAUUUGCCUUUACCCACUUAGACAUUAAGUCUACAUUACUGAUGAUUAUUUAUCUAAAAUCUAAGUGUUUAGAUAUGUUGUCAAAGCACCAAUGGUCAACCGCCGCGAUAUCGCCGCAAAAUCGAUAUUGAGGUAUUUGGUCCCAGUACACUGUGGCAGUGAGCCAGCAUGUGCAAUACCAGGACCCUGAAACUGAAGCAGCUUAAUGGAAUUCAGCCAUCAUUAUUUUCUUACUUAGACAUGCUUUUCCUGCAGUGACAUGUCAAAAUGUGUUCAAUAAAAAAAAGCCGUGUUGAAUCCACUAGUGGCUUUCCUCUAAGUAUACCUUUUGAGCUCGUUCUACUGAGCCCUGGGAAAAGAUUUAAAUGUCGUCACACAUUUUAUUAAUUAUUAUUAAGAAGUUAUUUUAGUCUGAAAUUACAUCAAAAGGUGCCUGUAGUCAGCUUUUUAUUUGUGGCACUACUGCUAAUUU